ACACGUCACUAACUAUUUUCAGCGAGAGGUUAAAAAUGGUAAUUAAUUGUAGUUAAAUUAAGCAAUCCAAAAUUAGAGCCGGAUUCUAUUUCUAUGGAAUGUUAGAUAGAAUAGGGAAAGAAUUGCCGUGCAAACUUGAGAGUGCCAUUUAUCACCUGAGGAUUAAAGGGUUCCACUGCAAACUAGAAACCUAGCUGAAUAUUGAAAGAUGUCCAUCAAUGCAGAUACAGAUUCACCAGAUAUAUUGAAACAUCAGACUGGCAAUUUUAAACAUCAGAUGAAGGGUGCAGCUACUACAUUCCGUAAUGAACAUGAUCCAUUUGAUUUUAUAAGAUUUUUAUAUGAGGGUGCUGUAGCUGGAGCCACAGCUGGUGUUGUCGUUGAAUCUGUUCUGUACCCAAUUGACACCAUCAAAACAAGACUUCAAGCAGUUCAUGGUGGAGGAAAGAUCAUAUUAAGGGGUCUUUACUCCGGAUUGGCUGGAAAUCUUGUUGGGGUCUUACCGGCAUCAGCAAUAUUUGUUGGUGUAUAUGAACCCACAAAGCAAAUGCUUUUGAAGAGCUUCCCUGAAAGUCUCAGCGCCUUGGCUCAUUUGACAGCAGGUGCUGUGGGUGGGGUGGCAUCUUCUAUUGUUCGUGUUCCAACUGAGGUUGUUAAGCAAAGGAUGCAGACUGGACAAUUUUCAUCUGCCCCCAAUGCUGUGCACUGUAUUGUAGCAAAGGAGGGCUUUAGAGGCCUCUAUGCUGGAUUUGGAUCCUUUCUGUUACGAGACUUGCCUUUUGAUGCUGUACAGUUCUGUAUCUAUGAGCAGCUUAGAAUAGGUUAUAAAUUAGCGGCUAGAAGGGAUCUGAAUGAUCCUGAAACUGCAAUGAUUGGUGCUUUUGCUGGUGCAAUAACUGGAGCUAUAACAACUCCAUUGGAUGUCAUAAAGACUAGGUUGAUGGUUCAGGGAUCUGAAAAGCAGUAUGAAGGCAUCCUCCACUGUGUUGGUACUAUUGUCAGAGAAGAAGGCACCUCCACUCUUUUUAAGGGCAUAGGGCCGCGGGUGCUGUGGAUAGGGAUAGGCGGUUCAAUAUUCUUUGGUGUUCUUGAGAGGACGAAAAAGCUGCUCUCUAACAGUGGCCCAAUUCACCCCAGUCCAGAUUCUUUGAAGCAGGACUAACAUAAUACUAUCAGGUUUAAUUAGUUCAUGAAAUUUACUUCCAAAAUGAGAUUCGUGGCAUCAUGUAAUAGAUUUGUAGGAAUUUGGUGAAUUUGGUGGAUUUUAGUGCAAUAUGAGUUCUGCCUCCUUUGGACCAUGUUUCUAUCAAGUAGCAGAGAACUGAGGGCCUUGUGUCUCUUUAUGGAAAUUUUACAUAAUUUUAUGAACUUGAUGUAUAUUAAGGGAGUACAGAGAACAUUAGUUGAA